CGGGUCUGUGUUUCUGGGCGGUUUUAGCUGAGAAUGGUCAGUGUCCCCGAGAAUAGGGCUUACCUUGUUUUACGUAAAGAGUUAGCCGCUGUUUUUUUAGGUGAGCAGCUGGGAAUGAAAGUCAGGACUCUGUAAUUGUUUGGAUGUUAAAGGACUGCUUCCCCUGCCAGGUUCAGUGUGGUGACUUCCCUCAUCUGUUGGUGUAUGGACCAUCAGGAGCUGGAAAAAAGACAAGAAUAAUGUGUUUGUUAAGGGAAUUAUAUGGUGCGGGAGUGGAAAAGCUGAGGAUUGAGCAUCAGAGUAUAACGGCACCUUCUAAAAAGAAAAUUGAAAUUAGCACCAUUGCAAGUAAUUAUCACCUUGAAGUUAACCCAAGUGAUGCAGGAAACAAUGACCGCGUAGUAAUUCAGGAACUCUUGAAGACAGUAGCGCAAUCCCAACAGCUUGAGACAAGUACUCAACGAGAUUUUAAAGUGGUGCUGUUAACAGAAGUCGACAAACUCACUAAAGAUGCUCAGCAUGCUUUGCGAAGAACAAUGGAGAAGUACAUGGCGACCUGCAGGUUGAUCCUGUGCUGCAACUCCAUGUCAAAAAUUAUAGGACCUAUUCAAAGCAGGUGCCUGGCCGUACGAGUGCCUGCUCCCAGCAUUGAAGAUAUCUGCCAUGUCUUGUCCAGUGUGUGUAAGAAAGAAGGCCUGACUCUUCCUCAGGAGCUGGCUCAAAGGCUUGCAGAGAAAUCUGGCAGGAAUCUUCGGAAAGCACUACUUAUGUGUGAGUCCUGCAGAGUACAACAGUAUCCAUUUACUGCUGAUCAAGACAUUCCUGAGAUGGACUGGGAAGUUUAUUUGAGAGAAACUGCAAAUGCUAUUGUCAGUCAACAGACACCACAAAGGCUUUUAGAGGUCCGUGGACGGCUUUAUGAACUCCUGACACACUGCAUUCCUCCUGAGAUUAUAAUGAAGGGCCUCCUGACAGAACUUCUAAAUAACUGUGAUGGACAACUGAAAGGAGAAGUUGCACAGAUGGCGGCCUUCUAUGAACACCGCCUGCAACUGGGCAGCAAAGCCAUUUAUCAUCUGGAAGCAUUUGUUGCAAAGUUUAUGGCAAUUUACAAGAAGUUUAUGGAGGAUGGACUAGAUGACAUGAUGUUCUAACUCUGAUGCCCAAAGCAGUACACAGAAUGUUGUGUCACGAUGCCAGUAAUGUUGCAAAUGUUGUCUGCUUGUCCGUGCUUGGUUGCGUGUGGGUCUAGUUCAAAGUCAAAUAUUUUAUUUUGCUAUUAAUAUAAACCACAGUGAACUAAAGGAAAAUGUUCAGUUUUAGAAACCAGAUGGAUGUUUGACAGCCACAAAUCCAUCUUUAGAUCCAUACAAAAUACAGAGCCUUUCAGAAGGACAGGUUGCCUUGGAAGACAUAUAAGAUGAUUGCCGCUUUGCAGUAUUUGUAAGUUGACAUUAAGAGGAGAGAACAUGGAUGCUCCAUGCUUGCUUUUUCAUUGUUCAUGGGCAAGGCUGUAAGCAAAAGGUGGUUUUUCCAUGUUGUGGUAAGUUCCAGUUUGAGCAUGUAUGUUCUGCCUACUGAUUUAUAUAUCCCACUGUUUGUCUGGCUUUUAUUUUAGCCACUCUGUUUUACAUGGUGUGCUGACACAGAAUGUUUUCUGGCUCUUAUUUGUAAGCAGUAUAAAGCAAGUCCACUUGCUGUCUGACACUUUUGGGUUCACCUCAACAUUACAUAAUACUGUUCAGGUAAAGAUUAGUCCUUUUGACUGUGGUUUAACCAAGGGUAAGGUUUCAACUUUUAACAAAUAUUCUUUCACCUCUUAAAUUGAUAUGUGACUUUUUAAAAAUGGCAAAAUAAAUUGUAAAAAUAUGAACAACAAAUGAAAUGCUGAAA